AUGCCGUCAACACCUAGUACGAUCCCAGAGACACGAGUCAUCUCCCCGUCGCCCUCCCUUUCCGAUAGAUCAGACGCACGUGAUGGUUAUUUUGCGCCGGUAACGCGAUCUGCAUCCCGCCGACAACAGGAUGGAACUGGCUCAAGGCGAGCACGAAGCCCACCUGAUGAGACACCGUCAAAAAGUUCCACGCGACAACGUCGACCAGCUCGGCGGUCCAAUCCCAAAAUUCCAGCUUCACCACCAGCUACGAACGGGAGCGCCAGCAACGGUUUCCUUUCACCCACGAAUUUCUCAGACACACUACGCGACCUGUCGAGAUCGCCAUCACCGCUUGGUCUGAUUCCUCUACAUUCCAGAUACCGCAAUUUCAUUCACCGCCAUGAAAUUCCUCGGAAGUUCUUACACGUGUCAAUUGGGUUCCUGACACUUCACCUGUAUAGCCGAGGUAUCCAGACACUUCAGAUCACACCAGUGCUCUUCUCUGCCUUGGUUCCCAUUGCAGUGACAGACAUUGUCCGCCAUCGUUCGGAGAAGGUCAAUAAGUUUUAUAUUCGCUGCGUGGGUGCGCUCAUGCGUGAGACCGAGGUCUCGGGCUAUAACGGUGUGAUCUGGUAUCUGCUCGGCGCAUAUGUCGUCCUCCGCUUCUUUCCCAAAGAUGUUGGUGUAAUGGGCGUGCUCCUUCUCAGCUGGUGUGACACCGCAGCAUCGACCUUUGGUCGUAUGUACGGGCGCUACACCCCUCGUCUCCGACAAGGGAAGAGUCUAGCUGGCACCGCAGCUGCUUGGCUCGUUGGCGUCAUCACCGCCGCUACUUUCUGGGGUUGGUUUGUGCCCUAUAUGGGUGCAUUUCCUAAUGAUCCAGAAGGCUCAUUCAUGUUUACCGGCAGCCUGAACCUGUUUCCAGAUUGUGUUCGGGGCCUGGUGGGCUGGGAUGGCGCUGAGACUUCAUCCACCACCAUCACCGGCCCAUUGGCUCUUGGUGUGAUGAGCGUUGUCUCUGGCUUUGUCGCUGCCGGCAGCGAAUUUAUCGAUCUUUGGAGCUGGGACGACAACUUCACCAUCCCGGUGCUGAGUGGGCUUGGACUUUGGGGAUUCCUGAAGGUCUUUGGCUAG